AUGCAACACCGAGGGCCCAGCGGGGUGAACCAGCUCGGGGGGCUCUUCCUGAACGGCCGCCCCCUCCCCACGUGCAAGAGGCAGAGAAUCAUCGCGCUGGCGGCCAGCGGCGCCCGCAGCUCCGACAUCUCCCGCAGCCUCAAGGUGUCCAACGGCUGCGUCAGCAAAAUCCUGGGCCGCUACUACCGGACGGGGGCCGUGGGUCCCAAGGCAGUGGGGGGCAGCAAGCCCCGCAUGGCCACCCCCGCCGUGGUGGCCAGGAUCGCGCGGCUGAAGCUGGAGCAGCCCGGGCUCUUCGCCUGGGAGAUCCGCCGGCAGCUGCACGCCGAGGGAAUCUGCGCCAGCAGCGGCAUCCCCAGCGUCUCCUCCAUCAACCGCGUGCUCAGGACCCUGCCCAGCGACCUCCGGCUGGCGGCCGAGCCCCGGGACCCGCGGCCACGGGUGUCCCCUCCGGCCGCGCCCCCGGCCCCGCAGCCCCCCGCGGCCCCGGGCAGCCAGGAGCCCCCGCCGGGCUGCGCUCCCGGCCGGCGGCUGCCGCCGGGCCCCGGGCACAGGAGCGGGGGCAGGAACCGGACCGUGUUCUCCAGGCAGCAGGCGGAGGCUCUGGAGGAAGAGUUCCAGAGGGGACAGUACCCGGACAGCGCCACCCGCGAGAGCCUGGCCGCGGCCACCCAGCUGCCCGACACCACCAUCAGGGUCUGGUUCUCGAACCGCCGAGCCAAGUGGCGAAGGGAGAACAAGCAGCAGCAGGAGAGCCCCGCUGGAGCUGGGGAAAGGACGCGGCCGCUCCCCGUGCGCCCCGGGGAGCCGGGCCGGGGCCCGCGCGGUGCCCAAGCCAGGACAUUGUCCCCGCCCGUGCCCACGCAGGCUCCUGGUGCGACUGGAUCCCGCCCGCUGUCGGUCCCGCCGCCGCAGCUGCCGCACAGCCCCUCCCGGACCCUCCUGCGGGCUCGGCGCAGCCCCUCCGCGGCCUCGCCCCCCACCCGCGCCCCCCGGCUCCGCUGCACCUCUGCGCCUCCGGGCCCUGCGCCUGGGACGACGCUUGCUGCGGGCCCGGCGCGCCGGGGGCGAUGCCUGAGCCCCGUGUCCAUCCCGCAGGUCUGGCUCCCGGUGGAAGCCCCGCUCCAGCGCCCUGGCAGCACCUGGAGAGCCCCCCCUUCACCCUGCUGCCCCCCGGGCUCAACCCGCUGCCAGCCUGGGGCCUGGAGCCCCGCUGAGCCCCCGCUGCCACCGACCCGCACCCGCCACCCGAGCCCCCCACCCGCCCCCACGGCCCAGGGUGUGCCGGCCCUGAGCGGCCCUGGCAGCAUGGGGGGCUCCGACUCCCCCCGAGCCCCGAAUUGA